AUGAAAGUCAUGGACGAGAAAGGUUUAGAGGCCUAUUCAGUCCAGGAAGAGUCUAUGAGGCUCCUGACGACAUCAGUCUUGGAAAAUCCGAAGAUCAAAAGCGACAUCCCUUCCGAAGCGCUUGACUUUGCACAUCUCAUCAGGUUCAGCGGCUCUCCACUUCCAUCGCUUGCGAUCAAUUGGCGCUUCGCUGAAUCGGUUGCCGCUUUGAAAGCUUUGGAAGCAUGCGUAGUCUCUGCCUUGAUCAAAAGAAAAUAUGGGGUCAAGCUUGAAGGCGCGGAGAUCAAUACUGAUCAUGCACAGUUAUUCUUCAUGUCAGCUUUCCUCUGGACAAUCAAUCCUGACACGGAGCAAGCAAUAAGCCUCAGCGGCACCAACAUUGAAGAGCUUGAUAGCCUAUUUCCGAAUUAUGACUUCCACAAUAUGAGCUCCUCGCUAUAUCGACAGUGUGCUACGAGUAUCUAUCGCACAAGAGAUAACCGAUUCUUUCAGCUUCAUGGUGGAAUGAAUCCAGAUCCGACCCUGGACAGUCUUUCCUUGCCGUCAAACAAACCUGAACUCAAAACUUGGGAUGACGCGAUACAGCCAUUCGUCGACAAAAUGGCUACCAUUGACUCAAUCGAGAUACAACGUCUCACCAGUGAGGUGUACAAGCAAGCUGGUGUUGUUGCAGAAUCAGUUGAGUCGUUCCGAGCAUCAGAGCACGGGAAGGCGAACGCGCACGUUGGGUUGUUCAAGAUCAUCCCCGUCACAAGUCAUCAAUCUCAGAAACCCGCGUGGUGGCCAUCGACAGCACAGACUUCCGCUUCUAGACCUUUGGCCGGACUAAAAGUGGUUGACAUCAGUCGUGUCAUAGCUGCACCUGCAGUUACACGCGGACUCGCGGAGCUCGGGGCGAGUGUUAUGCGAGUCACGUCUCCAAACGUCGUAGAUUUUACUGUUCUCGCCGUGGACUUGAGCUGGGGAAAGUGGCAAUGCAGCAUCGAUUUGAAGACCGAGAAAGGUCGUAAGGACUUACAAGAUCUCAUCAGCCAUGCUGACGUCGUAGUCCAAGGGUACAGACCCGGGGUAUUAGACAAAUACGGCUUCAGUCAAGAUGCAAUCAUCGAGCUCGUUAAGCAUCGCGAGAGAGGCAUCAUCUCAGUACGCGAGAAUUGCUAUGGCUGGAACGGUCCAUGGAGUCACCGCACUGGAUGGCAACAAAUUAGCGAUGCCUGCGUGGGCAUUUCCACUGGCUUUGGCCGAGCAAUGGGCUUGGAAGAUGACGAGGCUGUCACUCCUGUCUUUCCAAAUAGCGACUACAUGGUCGGUAUUGCCGGUGUAGUAAGUGUUCUCUGUGCCCUAAUGCGCAGGGCGGAAGAGGGUGGGAGUUUUAAGAUUGAUCUGGCUCUCAAUUACUACAACCAGUGGCUAGCCGAUGAAGUCGGAGAGUAUCCGGAGGAGAUUUGGCAAGAUGUUUGGCAGAAGAACGGCCAACGCGUAUUCCGGUAA